AUGACUAGAAGACAUCCUGCCGGUCUCGAUCGCCCUUGGGCCUCGCAGAUCUACGCACAACUGCCAGAAUCCGGGAAUGUCCGUCCAGCCCCAGCUCCAGCAGCACCACAGCUGACCACGGCAUCAACCGUGACCGAGGCGCCUGUUCGCCCCGAGGACUAUUCGAAACCGUAUUGCGAUUUUAUGACCGCCAACCCCACGAUCUUCCAUGCGGUCAAGUCCUUCUCCCAAGACCUCGAAAAGCAUGGAUACAAGCAGCUAUCCGAACGAGCGGUGUGGACCUCAGAACUCAAGCGCGGUGGAAAGUUCUACGUGACUCGUAACGGGAGCGCGCUCCUGGCCUUCAACAUCGGAAGGGACUACAAGAGUGGUAAUGGCAUGGCCAUCAUUGCGGGGCACGUUGAUGCCCUCACAGCUAAACUCAAGCCUGUGUCGAAGCUUCCGACAAAGGCUGGUUUCAAGCAGCUGGCAGUGGCCCCCUAUGCGGGCGGCCUGGGGCCAACUUGGUGGGAUCGUGACCUGGGCAUCGGUGGUCGUGUGAUCGUCCGGGAUCCAGCCACUGGCAAGGUCGAGUCCAAACUGGUGAAGCUGGACUGGCCAAUCGCCCGCAUUCCGACGUUGGCUCCUCACUUUGGCUCUCCGGCCAAUGGACCAUUCAAUCCUGAGACCAACAUGGUCCCCGUCAUUGGUGUUGAUAACUCAGACCUGUUUGAGUCGUCAACGACCGAGUCGAGCAACAUCAAGGCCGGAACAUUCGCCGCAACGCAACCCGAGAAGCUCGUCAAAGUCAUUUCGAGCGAGCUCGGUAUCACCGAUUACAGCAACAUCAUUGACUGGGAACUGGAGCUGUUUGAUACCCAACCAGCUCGUCUCGGAGGCCUAGAAAAGGAUAUGAUCUUUGCCGGUCGCAUUGACGACAAGCUCUGCUGCUAUGCUGCCCACGAAGCACUGUUGGCCUCGAGCGACGAAACCUCCACCGGCAUUGUCAAGAUGGUCGGCAUGUUUGAUGACGAAGAGAUCGGCAGUUUAUUGCGCCAAGGUGCACGCUCCAACUUCAUGGGGAGUGUCAUGGAACGCAUCACCGAAGCCUUUGCUGAGCAGAACUAUGGUCCCAACCUGCUCUCACAGACCGUUGCCAACAGCUUCCUGGUCUCGUCCGAUGUCAUCCACGCGGUCAACCCUAACUUCCUCCACGUUUACCUCGAGAACCACGCUCCCCGACUGAAUGUGGGUGUUACCGUGUCGACCGACUCCAAUGGUCACAUGACAACCGACAGCGUCAGCCACAGCAUCUUGAAGAGGGUUGCCGUCCGCUGCGGUUCAACCCUGCAGCUUUUCCAGAUUCGAAAUGACUCCCGUAGCGGCGGUACCAUCGGGCCUAUGACCAGCGCCCAGAUCGGCAUGCGCGCGAUCGACUGCGGCAUUCCCCAACUCAGCAUGCAUAGCAUCCGUGCUACAACGGGAAGCUUGGAUCCGGGUCUGGGUGUCAAGCUCUUCAAGGGUGUCUUUGACCACUUUGAGGAGGUUGACAAGGAGUUUGCGGAAUUUUAG